AUGACAAGGAAGCUCUUCACCAACACCAGGGAGCGAUGGAGGCAGCAAAAUGUCAACAGUGCUUUUGCCAAGCUGAGAAAACUCAUUCCCACUCAUCCUCCAGACAAAAAACUGAGCAAGAAUGAGACACUCCGGUUAGCUAUGAGAUACAUCAAUUUCCUUGUCAAGGUGCUGGGGGAGUCCAGCCUGCAGCAGACAGGAGUAGCAGCACACGGCAGCAUCCUGGGUUUUUUCCAGCAAGCCCCACACUUACAAAGCAUGGAGGAACUGACUCUGAUUGAAAACUGUGGUGUUCCAUCUCCUGGCAUGAGCAGCAACAUUGCAGAGUGUUGGUCAGAGAUGUCAUCUCCUUAG